GUGACUUUUCUUCUCUUUGCCCUUUCCACUACAUUAAAAAGUCUCGGCCUUCCUUUGCUUUCAUCAAACAACACAAACUAUUACUCCAUCAUUAAGCUUUCAGUUCACAACAGUCAUUUCCUAUUCUUAAGUACAGCUUUCAAUGGCUAAAGUAGCAGCUUUCUCUCUGUUGCUCCUGCUUGUGUCCUUCACUUCAGGAGGAACUUUGAUGAUGGUAAAUGGCCAGAAAUCUUGGUGUGUGGCUAAGCCAUCAUCAGACCAGGCCACUCUUCUGGCAAACAUUAACUAUGCAUGCUCUCAAGUGGAUUGCCGAGUUCUGCAAAGGGGUUGUCCUUGCUUCACUCCUGAUAAUCUGAUGAACCAUGCUUCUAUUGCCAUGAAUCUUUACUACCAAGCCAAGGGAAGAAACAGGUGGAAUUGUGAUUUCAGAAGCUCUGGUCUUGUUGUCAUCACUGAUCCAAGUUAUGCUAACUGCAUUUAUGAGUAGCUAGCUACCACUGGAUUGGUUUAAGCAACUGAAUGUUUCCUCUGGAAAAGGAACUCUUGUAGCUCAAUGGAACUUUUAUGUUUGACUAUCUGGUAAAUCUGGUUGAUUUUUAGCUUCUGCUAUUAAAUGAUGGUGAAGAAAUGUGAAAAAGAUCCAGCUUAAUUCUCCUUAAUUAAUUAAUUACUCUCAUGGGAAAUUAAGGUUAGCUGAGAAGAUGCUAUCCACUUCAAAUCUUUACAACCCAGCUUGGAAACCUUUACAGGGAAUCAGAUAGUACUCCUUAAUCUUUAA